AUGGAUUCCACAUUGGAAGGCCUUAAUACCGCUCAAAAAGCCGCAGUAACUUCUCCUGCUUCCAUCUUGCAAGUCCUCGCUCCUCCUGGCUCUGGAAAGACGAAGACAUUGACCUCACGCGUCGCGUAUCUCCUUUCGCAUUAUGGAUACCAACCGCAGGAUGUCAUCUGCUGCACGUUCACCAUCAAAGCGAGUCGUGAGAUGCGAGAACGUCUCGCGAAGCUGGUAGGCGAUGAAGUACAGUCUAAACUGAUUCUUGGAACUUUCCACUCAAUAUGUCGUCGGUACCUGGUGAGCUACGGUUAUCUGAUCGGGCUGCGGAGAGGUUUCGGCAUCGCAGACUCCAGCGAUAGCUUGGCAAUUAUCAAAAGGAUAGUGAAACGUCUACGGUGCAGCAUUCAGCCAAACACUGCUCGAGCGCGCAUAUCUCACCAGAAAGCUCAUGGAGUCAGCCCGGAUGAGGCCGCGGUGAAGUAUUCCAGAGGUUCAAAGUCGGCGGAGCAUCACGAAUUUGUCCAAAUCUAUCGCGAGUACGAGAUCUACCUAGCGACGUCCAAUUUGCUCGACUAUGACGACCUUCUUCUCCGAUGUGCCGAUUUGCUGAGACGACAUCCACAAUGCGUCUCAAACGUGCAGGCAGUCCUGGUCGAUGAAUUUCAAGACACUAACCAUAUUCAGUACGAGUUGAUGAAUUUAUUUGCAGUAAGAAAUCGCCGGAUCACUGUGGUUGGAGACCCGGACCAAAGCAUUUAUGGAUUUAGGUCGGCGGAGAUCAAGAACCUCGGGCGAAUGCAACAGCAUUACAAGGACACGUCGGUGAUACUAUUAGAAGACAACUAUCGCUCAUCUGGCUCUAUUUUAAGAUCGGCGCAGGACGUCAUUGAGCAGGACUCAUCUAGGCCAGCCAAGAAGCUGCAGCCGACUCACUGCCCGGGAACAAUGCCUGUGCUGCGCAAGCUGCCAACUGCGGAGGCCGAGGCUCAAUGGAUCGUGCUUGAGAUUAAACGAUCCAUAGCUAUGACGGGUAAAUUGCUCAACUACUCGGAUUUUGCGAUCCUGCUCAGAUCAGCUGCUCUCUCGAGACAUAUCGAAUCUGAGAUGGGAAAGCAAGGCGUACCAUACAAGAUGGUUGGUGGCCUGCGAUUCUUCGACAGAGUCGAGAUCAAGGUGCUAUUGGACUACCUGAGAGUCAUAAGCAAUCCCGGAAACAGUGAUGCGCUCCUGCGCAUCAUCAAUGUACCAUCACGAAAGAUCGGCGAGGAGUCCGUGAAGACUUUGAUGAAUGGUGCAGACGCAGCGAAGAUCCCUUUGUGGAAUUUCAUCAAAGAUGUAGCGCAGGGUCGCAGGUCGACCGACAAAAACCUGGCCAAACUUACUGACCAGGGCCUUUGCACUCUGGUUGGAAUCAUUGAAUCAUCCAGGCAGAAACUCCUCGAAUGUACGGACGGCUCCGCACCUCGCAAGCUUCUUGAGUUUGUGAUUAAGAAACUCAAUUUCCGAGAAUAUCUAACAGCAACUUACUGUCAGAAUGAGGAAAACCGAUGGGCGAACGUGGAAGAGCUCCUGGCCCAGGCAGGUGACGUGGCUGCGACUGAGACUGAAAAUGAUCAGGAUGAUAGUCUGCCUGAAAUUCAGGGGCUUGCCCAACAGCAGGCCCAUAAGGGUGAAGAAGCAUUAUCGCAAUUCCUGGCAAACGUGGCGUUGUCGACCGAAGUCCUCUCUGAAGACGGCGAUCAACCCCAAGAAAAAGUGACCAUUUCCACCAUUCAUGCGGCGAAGGGCCUGGAAUGGCCCGUGGUGUUUGUGCCGGCUGUAUACAACGGCAUUAUCCCCCACUCGCGCGCAGAGGACUCGGACGAAGAGAGACGGUUGCUAUAUGUUGCCAUGACAAGAGCGCAGGCGCUGUUAUACCUGAGUUAUCCCCUGAGGCAAUCUCGCAACGAGGAAGCGACGACAACUGUGACGAGUUUCCUUCCACCCAAGCUCAUUGAAAAUCGCUUUCGACCACUUGGGCCUAACCUGCAGGAGAAGGUCGUCUAUGGAAUUGCUGACAUCCUGCGGCGGCCCCGACCUUCAUCCGAGAGCAUGCUUGCGGCGUACGACUCAAUUCCUUCGUUGCGAGAUGAUCAGUGGACAGCCGAUGGCAAAGAAGCCCCCGAUGCUGUAGUUAAGUGGGAUGGCUCGAGGGCUUGGGGCGAGGAGCCCGACCCCAAAAGGCGGCGCUACAACCCAAAUCCGUCGUUUUCUUCAACCACGACAUAUCUGUCAUCCUCUACGUACAUAGUUAACCAUCCGCAGUUAUCCAUGUCCACAAACAUGUCGCUCGGCUUCUCAUCGGCGCGAGACUACAUCAGCACCACGUCUGCCUCACAAGCCGCGCAAUCUUCAGGCCCCAAAGUUGAUUGCAGAUCCAACCGCAACAGCACAGGGCCGGCCGGUCGGAAUGCAACUGGACUUUCUCAUGAGAACAUAUCGCGAUUCUUCGGCAAGUCUUCGAUGCAAGCCAAGGAUCCUUGUCUACCAGCGCCGAUGGCAUCUUCGCAGCCUCAGAUCGGUGCCAAAGGCCUGCUCGGGCAAGCGAACCACGUCCCUUUGUCAAAUCCCGCCUUCAAAAGCGUCAUUCCUACUCAGUUAUCGUGUCAUCGUCCGCAGACGCAACGCAUUCAACCGCCUCGACCAGUUCUUGAGCCAUCGGGUAGCAACGAGUAUAAUUGGUUGGCCGCAGCCUCGAGGCCCAUCGAGAAACGGACCUUGCAAAAUGGUGAGGAGAAUCAGGGACCACCGAAUAUGAAGGAGACUCUCAUUUCUGAAAGCGGUACUGGCGAGAAUAAGAACCCUUCGGGCGCGGUCGGCGGCGUGCGGCCCGUGGCCACGUUUCAUACCACUACGAUGACGAUGGUGCAAAAAGCGGGUCCAACGGGGCGAAGGACGCUGGGGAUUCGAAGAACAGUGAAUGAUGGCUGGGCCGACCGAUGGAAAAAGGCAGGCAACGGGCAAUCGCGAUGA